UUGUCCAAGCAAGUAAAUUUUUUUUGAAACUUCUGAUAUAAAUAAUUUGAAACAGUUAAAUUUUUUGAAUAAAAAAAGUAGUUUUUCCGAAAUCCAAUAUUUUUCAGCCAAGCGCCAAAACUCAAAAACGCAAACAACGUAAAGAAAAAUUGGCGAAGCAAAAAUAUGGAGAACAAACCGAAAAAGAUAUUGAAAUUCAUCAAAAAUUGCUGAAACCUCAAAAAAUCAUCGAGCAAUCAAAAAUCGAACCAAAAGCCGAGAAAAAACCCGAAAUUUUUGAGAAGAAAGUGUAUGAAAAACCUGAAAAAGUUGUGGAAAAAGAGGAGAAUUUGGGCGAAGAAAAUGAGGAAAACGAUGAAAAUGAGGGAAAUGGAAAAGAAGAAGAGGAUAUUUUGGGAACUUUGACAAGUCAACCACUCGAUGAGGAUACGCUCUUAUUUGCGGUUCCUGUGGUGGCACCGUAUACGGUGAGUUUUUUGUUGGGAAUUUUUGAGGGUAAAUAUGACUGCAAAAUAUUUUUGGGAAAAAAUCGAAGAAUCAGUGCUCCAAGAUUUUGAUAAUUAAAAAUAUGAAAAUUUUUAGAAAUUAAAGAUUUUUUUAAAGGGCCUUGAAAAUAGUUUUUCAAAAAAAAUGAGAAAAGUUCACUGUUUCAAGGUUUUGAUAACUGACAAUAUAUUUUAAUUUUCUAUUGAUCCACAUUUUAAUUAUUGAAAAUUUCACUGUUUCUCAAUUUUCAUGUUCAAAUAAAUCUGGAAAUUCUCUAGUAUUGCAACGUCUUUAGAAUUUUGUGUUCUCAAAAAAUUAAUUUUAUCAAAAAUUUCAAAAUUUGGCGAAUUUUUGAGGACACAUAUGACUGGAAACUUUUUCUCUGAAAAUUCGAGAAAAUCGAGAAAAAUGCACUGUUCCAGAAUUUUGAUAAAUCUGUAUUUCCCAACAAAAAGGCAUUACUCGUCCUCGUGUGUAUUUAGAAAAUCUUGCAUGAAAACAUGAAUUUUAACAGUUUUCCUACAAAAAAGCUUCCAAAAAAGCAAUAAUUCAUUUUCUUAAAUAUCAUGUGAAAAUUACACCAGAAAAUUUCAAGAAAAAAUUCAAUAAUUUAAUUUUCAGGCUCUCUCAACCUACAAAUAUCGCGUCAAAAUUACACCAGGAACCGGAAAACGUGGAAAAGCCACAAAAUCGGCCAUCGAAUUAUUUACACGUUCCAAAUCUGAUCGACAAUCUGCACUUAUCAAAUCUUUGCUUUCCGAUGAUGCCGCAUCCAGAAAUUUGCCAACAAAAGUUCGUGUUUCGGCACCACAGCUGCAUGCUAAAUAG